GGGUUUUGCGUGUUUCUGCUCAACUGUUCGACUUCUGCAGGAGCCUAGUGAAACAGUUUUUGGAAGGCGAUCAACGAACCAAGGGGAUAUGUGAAAACAUUCCAUGUCGAUUAGUUGGAAAACAAGUUUAUUUUAUAGCUAAAUGAUCUAUGUUUAAAUAUACUGGAUAGCAGAUGUAACAGUGUUGCGGUACACGGGUACGUGAAGAUGAGGCUUCCUCAGGAAUGGGUACCAGGACUAUAUGUGACUGGAGGGAGUGACAUCCUGGAUAGUGGCCUCAGUGCAUUCCCCUGAUACUGCUGAAGAGGAUCUGGGAGCAGGUCCACACAGCAUUCGGCAGGGUGGAGCUUCCUGACCCAUGGAGAACUACUUCCAGGCGGAAGCCUUUAACCUAGACAAGGUGCUGGAUGAAUUUGAGCAGAACGAAGAUGAGACAGACACUCCACCCCUUUCUGAUGCAAAGUGGACCCACAUUCUGGCCCCGUCUACCCAUCUGUUGUCCCUGAACCCUGCCAUUGGGCAUACAGAUGAGGACCUGCGCCACCAGGAUCCUCCCCCUAUGAGCGUCAAGCCCCUUAGGGAGGGCCUCUGUGGGGCUGGGGAAGACCUCACCAACAGGAAUGGGCAGGAGUCCACCCUGGAGCCCGAGGCCUGGAUCAGCACAAGGCCCCUGUUCCCUCAGCCCAACAUCGGCAAGCUGGUGAGCAGCCAGGGCGAGGUGCCCGUCACGGUGUCCCCCAGCAGUGCAGUCCAGAGGCCAGACUCAGGGAGUCUUUCACCAGCCCUGGAGAACGGCUGCUUAGACCUGAAUGGCUGCUCUGAGGAGCCAGAUAGUGGGGAAGGUUUCUCUGAAGACUCUCCCCCAGUAAACCAAAUAAGAAUCCCAGAGUCAUACUACAUUCUCAGUGCUCCUUUGGAAGAUCUUAGCUGUCCCAUGGAAAUGAAGGACAGCUGUUUUAAAGAAUCUCACUAUUCCCUUGAAGAUGAGAAGAGGAUGCUCAGUUCACUCAGAGUGAAAGACCUCACUCUGAACGAGGUGGAGCAGUUACACAGUUAUGACAGCAUCACUGGGUCACCAAAGGGGAACCAUGAUCUAGAUGUUGGGAAGAAGCCUUCUUCUCCUUGGGUCAAACACAGAGAUGUUAUGGAGUCAGUAGGAGGAGACAGCAAGGACUUGGACUCCAUGCCACCAGAGAAUAUUGUAAACGGAGGCAUAGUGGAACUGAAUGAACACGAAGAAACCCAGAUCCCUGGUAUAGAUUAUCUGUCAUUGCAACAGCAGACACUCUCAUUAGGGGACAUGAAAUUUCAGAGAGAUUCCUCUCCAGUUCACUCCCUCCCCAGGGGUUGUGAUGUGGAGUCGUUGGGUUUCAUAGAGGAUGACAGAGCCUCCCAGACUCCCCCAUCAAAGGAGGACUCUGUGACGGAGGAAAAGGAGAUGGAGGAGAGCAAGCUGGAGUCCAGCGAGCAGACCCAUGGCUCAGAGGUGUGUGGAGUAGAAGCAGGAGCCAGGUCCCAGACACUGGCUGACGGCCAUCUCCAACCCGUUAGCACCCCAUAUGGAGGGGCGCGGCCUAAACAGUCUGUCACCAUGAAGCUGCUAACCCCCAGGCUUUUGUUGGGCCAGGUCUUAAAUGAGCUGGGCUCCCAUGGCAAGAACAAGAACCUGGAGUCACAGUGCGAAACUGGUGCUGAAAUAUCCUGUGCUGAUGAGCAUGGGGAGGACCCGGGCCUCACCAGGAUGAAUGGAGAGAGUGGGGCAGGAGGGUUUGACUCAGGCAGGGACCUCAUGCCAUCUCUGCUGCUGCCCCUUGAGGGCCCGGAUAAUGACGUUCAAGCUGGGCACCUUGGGCUCUUGUCCAAAAAGCCAUUCAGCGCCCUGGGGGAGGUGGCCCCUGUGUGGGUCCCUGACUCUCAGGCACCCAUCUGCAUGAAGUGUGAGGUCAAGUUCACCUUCACCAAGCGGAGGCACCACUGUCGAGCCUGUGGGAAGGUGUUCUGUGCGACCUGCUGCAGUCUGAAGUAUCGGCUGAUGUACAUGGACAGGAAAGAAGCGCGCGUCUGCAUUACCUGUCACUCUGUGCUGAUGAGCACCUGGGAGAACAUUGUGAAUGCCUCUAACCAGAGCCCCAACCCCAACAACCCUGCCGAGUACUGCUCCACCAUCCCCCCGCUGCAGCAGGCCCAGGCCUCCGGGGUGCUCAGCUCACCCCCACCCACCGUCAUGGUGCCUGUCGGUGUUCUCAAGCACCCGGGGGCAGAAGGAACCCUGUCCCGGGAUCAAAAGAGGGUGUGGUUUGCUGAUGGGAUCCUGCCCAAUGGGGAAGUGGCUGACUCCUCCAAGAUGCCGGCCAGCAUUCCUGCCCCCUCAGGCCCUCUGACCGUGUCCCAUGACUCUGGCAAACCUCCAGCAGCCGAUGUUCCAGGGACUGACCCCGUGCCCCCUGCCCAGGGUGUGGGAGCUCCAGCAGGGAGCCCAGUGGGGAGCUCCGUCAAUUUGAUCCCCGCAGACGGGCUCCCUCCCAUUCUCAUCUCCACCGGCAUCAAAGGAGACUAUGCGGUAGAGGAACGGCCUUCAGAGAUUUUGUUGAUGCAGCAGCUGGAGGAGGGUGGGCCGGACCCCCUGGUGUUUGUCCUCAACGCCAACCUGCUGGCCAUGGUCAAGCUGGUAAACUAUGUGAACAGGAAGUGCUGGUGCGUGACCACGAAGGGCAUGCACGCGGUGGGGCAGGCGGAGGUGGUGGUGCUGCUGCAGUGCCUGCCUGACGAGAAGAGCAUCCCCAAGGACAUCUUCAGCCACUUUGUGCAGCUCUACCAGGAGGCCCUCGCAGGGAAUGUUGUCUGCGACUUGGGCCACUCGUUCUUCACCCAGAGCUUCCUGGGCAGCAGGGAGCACGGAGGCUUCCUGUACAUCAGCCCCACCUUCCAGUCCCUGCAGGACCUGCUGCUUCCCAACCCGCCCUAUCUCUUCGGCAUCCUCAUCCAGAAGUGGGAGACCCCCUGGGCCAAGGUCUUUCCCCUCCGCCUCAUGCUGCGGCUGGGGGCCGAGUACAGAUUCUAUCCCUGCCCACUGUUCAGCGUGCGCUUCAGGAAACCCCUGUUUGGAGAAACGGGCCACACCAUCAUGAACCUGUUGGCGGAUUUCCGUAACUACCAGUACUCGUUGCCAGUGGUGACAGGGCUUGUAGUGGAUAUGGAAGUUCAGAGAACCUGCAUCAAGAUACCGAGCAACCACUACAAUGAGCUGAUGAAGGCCAUGAACAAGUCCAAUGAGCAUGUGCUUGCUGUGGGGGCUUGCUUCAAUGAGCGCGCCGACUCCCACCUCGUCUGUGUGCAGAACGACGAUGGAAACUAUCAGACCCAGGCCAUCAGCAUCCACAACCAGCCCCGCAAAGUUACAGGGGCUUGCUUCUUUGUGUUCAGUGGAGCUCUGAAGGCCUCCUCAGGAUACCUGGCCAAGUCCAGCAUUGUAGAAGAUGGUGUAAUGGUGCAGAUAACAGCUGAAACAAUGGAGGAGCUGCGACAAGCACUGAGGGAGAUGAAGGACUACACCAUUGCCUGUGGGAAGGCUGACCAGGAGGACAGCCAGGAGCAUGUCCAUAUCCAGUGGCUGGAGGAUGAUCGCAACUUUAACAAGGGUGUCAUCAGCCCUAUCGAUGGAAAGUCUAUGGAGUCCAUCAGCAGUAUAAAAAUCUUCCACGGCUCAGAGUACAAAGCCAAUGGGAAGGUCAUCCGCUGGACAGAGGUGUUCUUCUUGCAGAGCGAGGACCAGCCCAAUGGCCCAAGUGACCCUGCUGACCAUAGCCGUCUGACAGAGAAUGUAGCGCGGGCUUUCUGUGUAGCACUGUGUCCGCACCUCAAGCUGUUGAAAGAAGAUGGCAUGGCCAAACUAGGACUGCGUGUCACGCUGGACUCCGACCAGGUGGGGUACAUGGUGGGCAGUAACGGACAGCCCCUGCUCCCUCAGUACAUGAAAGACCUGGACAGCGCCCUGGUGCCGGUGAUCCAUGGAGGGGCGUGCCAGCUGAGCGAGGGCCCAGUGGAAAUGGAACUCAUCUUUUACAUCUUGGAGAACAUCUCCUAAAGGAGGACUCUCUCAUCCGCCCGUCCCCCUCAUCCUCCCCCACCUCAUUCCACCUGACUGCUCACAUGUAAUUUCAAGAACCUAAAAGCUGUGGCGAACACGUACUCCUCCAGACCUUCUAUGCACCAUAUCCAACAACUUUCGAGGCCUGGGCGGCUGACAGACCCCCACCUCUACCGGGCUUCCACUCGGCAGCAGCAUCCUUGUGAAUGUCGCUGUCUUCUCAUCGUAACUCCACUGUGGGACAGGAGCAAAUGCAAUGCAUUCUGCCUAAUUGCUGCGUUAGGACCUCCGUGUAGCACCCUUGUGCCAACGGCAUCUCUGAAAGCCGACCAUGGCUGUGCGAUUUUCAUGAGGGCGGGGGGCCUGGCUUGAAGAAGAGCCAGUCUGCCACAGUGGGGAGGGGGAAAGUAAUCAUCUGUUUACUGGGGUGACUUAUUAGCACACUUGUGCUCAGUGCCUGGGCUGUGACUCUUAAAGCAGAGGGGAUUCUUCUGGCCUUCAGUCUCACCUUGUAGCUUUAUUACACAGUCACACCAUGCUUUACUGCAUGGGAGAAUGUUGUUGUUAGAGAGUGUGAUUGUUCCAAAGGACAUCUAGUGCAGUGCCAGUGAAAACUUGAACAGUAAGAGACGUGUCAGGAAGAAGGGUAGGAUUAUGGUGGUACAGUAUUAAGCGUGUUCAUAUGUAGUUGUUGGCUAGGAUCUUGUCUAAUUUGAAAGUCACCAGUCAGUAGAGUAUUAUAGUGGUGAAGAUGCUGAUCAGUGUGUCUGCCGUUGCCUCAAGUGUUUUGCAUCUUGAACUGUAGUUCAGCAAAAGGGUUUAAGGCUUUACUUUUUGAAAGCUGUGGUUGAUAUGUGGGAUGGGGCCUUGGUGCGCUUAGACAUUGAUACCCUCUUUAUCAGACAAACUCCUUUUUCUCGUUAGACACUGAUAAUGUGAUUUGUUUGCCAGGAUAAUACAAAGGGGAACGGGUGUACACUGUGCUGGCUUUAAACAGAGACCCUUGAACCAGAAGCAAGAAUGGAGAAGUUAUAGUGAGCAGAUAAGCUGGAUGUGGUUGUGGUACUGAAUCUGUUGUACCCACUCCCAGAGGGCAUUGUCCCCUUGAGUUGCCUUCCUCUGGGUGCGUCAGCGUCUGGGGUCUCGUGACCAGUUAGCUCUCCAUUUCAUUUUGUACAAGAGUUCUAAUAUUGAAAAUACACCCAUCAACCAGAGAACUGGUUCCAUCCCAUAAUCUUAAACCAAAACAACCAAAUUCAGAAUGAAGAAACUGACAGAGCAUUGAAAUGUAUGGAUCCUCUGCCACUGAACACAAGAUGAGGGGGAAAAAAAGUCAGAAACCUAGUGAGAUGUUGAAUAUGUUGUGCAGUAUAGGAUAUGUUCAGGAUGUUAUGAGUAUUGCUCUCCUCGGAGAAUCAGGGUAAACCCUAAGAAGUCUGAAGAGAUUAAGUAUCAGCAUCAUUUUUCAACACCUUUCUUCAUCUGCUGCUUUUAUCAUUUUCAUAUUACUAUGUCAACUGAAUUUUUUUCUCUGGUCAUAAAUCAUUAGGAUCACACCAUUUUUAACAAUACAGCAUUUGUUUUAAUUUAUAAUGAUACAUUAUCAAAUACAUGUAAAUGAGCAAAUGUUUGCAGAAUUGCUUUUUGAGGUUUACUCAUAAAGGUUCACUAGAAAAGACUGGUCCUUUUCACCCCCGAAACUCAAGCAUAGAUUGACAUAAACAACACAGCUGUUUUCACACACAAUUUUGUGUGCACUUUGAAGUCUUUGAAGCUUAGAACGAUGCAUUCCAUUGUUAGCAAAUACUUCCCUCAUUGGUUGAGAUAUAGAGCUUUUGUACCUCUUAUUUUUCAAGGGUGGCUGGUGUGACAGCCUUUAGAGUACGCUGAAAAAUUGCAAAAAUAAUCAUUCAUAACAUUGAUAUUCUUGGGCGUGUUCUUAUUAUGAGAACUUCCUUGCAUCAAAAAUGCCCGUUUUGCAAGAUUUUCCUCUUAAGGUAUGUUGUAUUUAUUCUUAAAGGAAUUCCUGAGAAAAAUGAGCCAGGGAUAGGAAGUGUUCCUUAAAUGAAUUAUUUCUUAUAAAUUGACAACACAUUUUAGCAGUGACAGCAUUUGUUAAAUGAAAACAAAGGGAGUGAGUGUGCAACUGCUGCAAACUUGAUCACUGUAAACUUUAGGAUAUUUCUGUGUAUUAGGUCCCAAGUAAAAAAUUGCUGAGCUCGAACAAACCACAGCACUACAAAGUUGUCCAUUCAUCUUGGCGAUAACUGUAUUCAGAAAUUGUUUACAGUAAUAGGCAGGUGACUGGAGCUUUCAUAAUGUUGGGGGGCAUGGGCUUCCAAACCAGGAUGAGCUGUUACAGAUGACUGUUUUCAUACCCUCCAUUUCAUACCCUCUGUCCAUACAGAGAUUUAGCUCUGUAUUUAGUUUUGCUUUACAUAGCUUUUCAACUUUUGCCUCAGGAUAUCAGUUGAGAAUUUAUUUUUAGUUUGUGAUUCUCUGUAUCCAGGAGGUGUGGCAGUGACUCUGUGACUCUGGUCAGACAAACAUUUUUACUAAAACAUGUACCCUUGUUUCCAUACUUUCCACACUGUACUGAAAGGGAAUUUUGGGUGAUAAAGCCUGGUUAUGGACUUUCCUUUUUGACAGUGUUUUUCCCCUCCAUUGAAUAUGUCCCAUCUCAAAAACAAUCAUGAAACUAGGUGGAUUAUGACUUUCAACAUUACCAUCAAUUAAAAAGAGAGAAAAUCAUCUUUUAAGCCAAAA